AUGCUCACAUCGCUCGUUUGUUUGGGCGCCAGGCUAAGAGAAGAUCGGCGUCCGCUCUACCGCCAAGUGUUCACGAAUCGACGACUCGACAUCGCGCAUAAGGUGGCCGUCCGGUCCAUCUUCGGAUUCCUCCUUGCCGGCACCUCGUUCGUCCUGGUAAACGGGUUGAUCUACUACAAAUACGUCUCUCCGAUUCGACAGGAAGAACGCGAGCUGUUGGAGAGGGAGUUGAUCGAAGCCGACAAGGCCGGAUUUAGACUAGCA